ACAAGCCUGUGUGAGUCGUGUUGGGGCCUUCGGUCAGCCUACAUGUGCUUUUGUGUCUGGUGGGUUGAUUUAAUUUUGCUGCUCGUUUGCUUGCCGGACGCCUGCUCUAUUGUUUGGUGCCACAUAAUUUCACAGUGCUUGUUGUCUGCUUUGAAUGGGAAAGAAGACGGUCUAUUUUCCACUUUAGAAUUCGUCGCAACCGCUUCCGGUCUUUGUUUUCAUUUGUACGGAUUGAAUUCUCACUUCAGAGAAACGUGUUGCAGUAAGGAUAUAGAAGCUGUACAAUUUCCCUUGUUUGGUGCCUGUGUCGUUGAUUUAUGAAGCAAUAACAUCAAAAUGUAAGGAUUCAAUUCAUGGAAUAACAUCAAAAUGUGCUUUAAAUCGAUCACAAAGCCAACCUGCAUGAAAAACAGGAAGAGGAAGUGGAACUAAACAAAGUUAUAAUAGUGGCAAGCAGUAUUGGGGGUGUGUGACGAACAAGUGUGUGCAGAUGAGAUCUUGAUAUUUUUAACCCAUGCUAAGACGAGUAGCUUGUGUGAUGUGAGACGCAAGAAAAAGUGCAAUUUAUUUCAUGCUCAUAUCAGUUAUGUUGUUUGGUAAGGAUAUAUGAGAAAUAAAAACCGUCCAACAAACGAAUCACAGAAAAAAGUAAUGUUCAACAGUCAGAAAACAGCAGUAACAGAAUCGUCGCUUCUGGACAAACGAUGUAAUGUUCGUGUAUAUACGCAGUGUAUCAGAAAAAAGCAGCAUGCAGAGGGUGUUGAGUGUCUGACGUGAAUAACUUACCGUGUCAAUUUAUUUUACAACUAUAGCAAAUGUGACUCAAGUGGAGCAAGCGCGAGACGAGAAAGAGUGAGAAAGAAAGGAAACUAGACUGCCAGUCUAAUCUAAACAAUCUCUAAUGGACUUCAUACUAUGCAGUAGGCUGCGGUUCCCGUGUUAAAAAGCUGGCGUUACAAAAAGGCUUCCCGACAUCGCGUCUGGUCAGCAUAAUGUGAUUAUUUUCGCGAGUCUGUUUACUUCGACUUAAGUCUGCACGCGCAACAGCAAUAUUCUUUACAGAUUGUGGUAGAUGUGUCAUCAACUUGGCCAACCUGACCUAUCGACAUGACUUUCUACUCAACGGUUGGACGUCAAUUCAUCGUAGCAAGUAAAGCUGUCUAACUUGACCAGGUUUUUAAUUCUUUCGAACAUUACAAACGGGUUUCAAACGGAUUUAGAUUCGCUAGCAUUAUGCUUCUUGAGUGUGUUGGUCGUGAGAGAUUGAAGAAGAUAUUGUUAAAGUGGCUUAAAAUCAUGCGGUGAUAGUGCAAUAGAAAAGAUUUUCAGGGGUGUCUUCGAAGUGCUUUAAGUGUAUAAAUAAACAUACUGAUCGUAAACACAACGAGUAUAGCGAAAUGCGAAGAACCUGUUGAUUACACAAAAGACGAUUUGAAAAUGACCAUCCCACUGUUAAUGGUACUUUAGUAGGGUACUGCAAAGAAGAACACCGACUCAAAGUGGUUUACUAAUAGUGUAGAGAUCUGUGUUUUCUUGGUUAUUAUUUAUGGGGAAGGCGUGCUAGAAAAGCAAGAAUUAGGAAACAGCAGGAAAAAUGUUGGGAGCACUUAAGCGUCGAUGGAGGACCACUCGAAGAUCUGUAUCUGCCGACAAUCAGUACGAGCCCGAUCGGGAAGGAUCAAACGAAAUUAUUCCUCCGCCUCGUUACAUCGAGUUCCUCAAGGCCGAACGCGAUGCUACCGAGGGGGAUACGAUUUCACCACCUCGAUACAUCGAGGUACGUCAAGGACGCAUCGUGCUAGAAUCCCACAAGUCCAAUGAGAUCGACAAUAAGACUGCCGGGGAGGAUUCCCUAGUUCGUAUUGCCAAAGAAAAACUGUACAUUGGAUCACCUAUCAUGCCGGAACCACCCGAUGACUACGAGCGGCCUUUGCUGAUAAACAGCCAACCGCAGUCUCCAGGACAUGAAUGUGUGAAACCAGGAGACCUGAGCAUCAAUUCUUCGUAUCGGUCGGAGUCCUGCAAAAAUACGGAUCUGCUGGAGGCCAGAAUAGCGGAACUAGAAGAUGCCUUAUUACGAUUGCAAGAUAGAGUAAACCAAAGUCAAUGUAACUCACCUACCUUGGAAAAGGAAAUUAAGGAACACUUGGAAAUAAUGAACAAAGUCAUCAAGACGAAAGACAGAAAAUCAAUGCAAGUUUGUCGGGAGCAUAAAACGUUACAGGCUCGUUUUCAACGCCAAGAAAGUAGUUUACUUGUUCUCCAAAGUGAGAAUAAAUCCUUACACCAAAGAGUCAAACAGUACGAAGCAUGUCUAGACGACAUAAUGCGAAAGGUAGUCGACGCCCUGGUGGCCGAGGAUAGCCUCAGGGAUGAGGUAACUAUUCUAAAAAACCGGGUACGAGAUUUGGAAGCACAGAAUGCUGCACUCACGUCAAGUCCCGCGAAAAGUCGAGACGAGGGUUAUUGCACCAUGAGCUCGGGUCAACCACAGCCGGUUCCGGAAGGACAUCUGGAGGAACUCCCAGAAGAACCGGAACAAUGGCUAGUAUCUGCCGAACCCUGUACUGCGGAGAUGGAAGACUGGAGCAUGUCUCAGGAUGAAUUGGCCACGGCAUUGGAAGAGGAUAGCCAUGAAUGGAUCUGGAAUUCAAGCUUCCUCACUACGACUGAAACGCAAACAGAAGACGUGUCAACGCUGUUGCAGGAACAAAUAGUGUAUUCCGAAGAUGAAGAAGUGACAUGCACCAACUUCACGAGGGAUUUCUAUAGACUCGUUAACAUAAAGUCUGAAAGCAAUCGUAGCCUACAAUCGCCGGUGCCGGCAGAUACCACGGCCAGCAGCAGCGACGAGAACGAAAGACUGACAAGCCCUACCCCCAGCGAGGCAGGCCAAGCUCAAGUUCAUAGUUGUUCCUCUAGUGAAUCGAGUGAUGUCAUAACAGAAAAAUAUGAUCCGACCUUGCCGUCAUUACCUCUAUUACCACACUCACUUUCGGCCGCAACCACAGAUUUGCUUCAAGAUGUUCUGAUCACCUGUCAUAAUCAACAACAACAACAACAACAGCAACAGCAAAUCAAUAGAAGGAAUAUCAAAGAUCGUGCUCAAACUACCUCCCCGACGUGGAGGCGCAGUAACGGGUGGCGACGAGUUCCUAGAAAAAGCCAUGAAACGCACAUCCCUGUCCCUAUAAACUCCAAGGAUCGUCUCAAAUCUCCACCACCGGUGCCGAUUCGAAGACACUGUGCCAGCUAGCCAGCUCUAUAUUUUGUAAACUAAGGUUUAAUCCCGAGCACGUCAAAAAAAAAACGAAACAGGUCUGACAUCGAUCAGGAAUUUGAUAGAACAACUUUAACUAAAAACUGUUGUUUGUUACAGCAAUGACAUAGGCUAGUUAGUAGUUUUAAGUCUGAAAUGUGAUAGUACGUUUAAUAUUGAAAACAGUAUAGUAGAAAAGCGAAAUUCCAUAAGAUCACUGCCAAUUUUGCAGAAACCUCAUAUCGUUUUUGUCAAGCGAACAAUUGUAUGAAAGCAUCAAUCAAAUUGCGGGACAAUAAAAACCAUACGAACAACAGUAAACACGCAAUCGAAUAAUCGAAUCUACCAAAAGCCGCUACCGUGCCUACGCGAUGUUGGCAUGACAGGCGUUACUAGACCGAGGUUGUGAUCUCCGCUAAACAUGCAAAUGCACCUUGAGCGAUAGCUUUUCCUUUCGUUUUGAUGGUGAUGUUAGUGAUGUUCAGUAGAAACACACAAAACGAAGGCUUGAAAUUUCACGGACAAUACAUUUUCCGAAGUUGAUUAGAUUGACAAAUGCAAAUGUAGAAGUUUGGCAGCGCAGUUCCUCAAACGCUGAUUGCUACUUAUUAAUCGUGUCUAGUUAUCCAUUUUCUUUAGAAUUUCAUGGCAUUCAAACUAGUAUAACUAGUUUAUUAUAGUUUCUCGAUGUGUUAUUAGAUCGUGGACACUGCAAAUUGUUUCACCCUAUCAUACUAUGAAAGUAGAACGUUAAAAGUCAUUAGAAUAGAGAAAAGUACAAAUGGAUCGUUAUACAUGAGAUAGGUAGCAGCGUUUGCAAUUAAAAUCACAAAUUCCAUAUCUUUCUGUACGCGUGGUUUCUUCCUUAAAAAAAAAAUAAUCAUUCUGUUUGUUAUUCGUUCAGAGGAGCUACCCGCGGAGUAUGUAAACAUCGGGAUGAGAGUCAAUAAAAUAAUUCAACAUUCACAAAAAAAAAUGUUUUCUGAAAUCUUUUAUAUGAAUUCUAAAUUAAAUUACAUGCUCCAAGCACCGAUGAGCAUUCGUUCGCACAUUUGCAUAAGGCGACCAAGAUUCAAAAUUGGGUUUCACUAAGUUUUUCCGCGGGGGAUAUGUGCGAAUGAUUGUAGAAUAGUCGUUGUUCGGAAUGUGCUAAUGCGUAGAAUAUAUAUUCAUCUCUCUUUUUGGAAAAGAACGUAUUUAUGACAUUUAACAAUAACCAACUGUUUAUACGAAGUAUCUACGAAUUACAAAU